UCCCCAAUUUAAUUACGUAACGGUUUUAUUGGGAGGCCAAGGAAAGUUUUUGGAUGUUACUGGCCCUCACGAACAAAUUGUUCCUGUUGAUUACGCAUCUGUAAUACCCGAAAGUGGAGUAGCUCUGCUUCAUUUAAAUGAAAGAGCAGAAUUUACCCGUUACGUAUUGCCUGUAUAUCUAUCAGACUGGAAUGAAAAAAUAAGUUAUAAAGACGAGUGUAUUGCAAUAGGCGUUGAUGAACUUUCAGAAGUAGAAGCGAUAGCAUUAACACCAGUAUUAGAUAAAUGUUCAGGCGGCACUAAAAGAUGUUUCUAUAGAUCAAGCCCUUACAGAAGUGCUUGCGAUGGACCAAAGCAAACUUGGGCAGGCAUAGUGGUAUGUCACGGGCUUUCAGGAUGGUAUCCGGCGGCAGUUUUUAAGGAAGAAAAGGGAGAAUGCGGAUUCCAGGGAACCGUCAUUCUUGAUGCGCUGGCACAUUUAAAAACGGAUAUAUCCAAUGCUAUUUCGACGAGAGUGACAUUCAACCCUCUACCUGUGUGUCACAAUGGAUGGAGAUGUCCACGAGGCUUGUGCUUGUCUUUAUCAAGAGUCUGCGAUGGCGUACCAGAUUGCACUGAUGCAAGUGAUGAACGACAAGAUCGCUGUAUAACGAAACGAUUGGGAUGUGUUGAUUCCUUAAAUAUUACCGAUCCUCAUUGUGCAUGUAUGGCGUCCGAGUUACGAUGUGACAACGGUCUUUGCGUGCCUAAAUCUUCUUUCUGCAACGGUGUUAACGACUGUGGUGAUUUAAGUGAUGAGCCUGCAGUUUGCACGUGCGCCUCGUACCUGAGGCUGACUGCACCUCAAAGGCUAUGCGACGGUAACAGAAAUUGUUUGGACAAAACAGACGAAGAUCCACACAUGUGCCGUUGUACCGAGGGUAGAUUCGAAUGCGGACAAUCUGGCUUCUGUGUACCAAAAGACUUUUUGUGUGAUGGACAAAAUGAUUGCCCACACGGAGAAGAUGAACGACAUUGUUACAGCGUUUCUGGGCAUAAUAAUGAACAACCUGGAUAUGGCGAAGCAAUACAGCAAUCCUUCGGAGUGUGGCAUACGUAUUGCUCACCUGACAAUCGACCUCCGGACAUAAACCUUAUGUGCCGCCAGUUAGGCUAUACUACCGGCAGAUCGGCCGUCGACGAGCCGCUGAUAUAG